AUGUCUUGUGGUAUCAUCCUUAGCCUAUUCCUGCCAAUGAACCAGAUGCUAGGUGGAAGUGGUUUGAGGGCUUUAGACGGUACUUUCAUACCUGUCCUUCCUCCAACCGAACACAAGGCACGCUAUAGGUCAAAGAAGGGUGACUACGCGACAAAUGUGUUAGGCGCUUGUAGUCGAAACCUACAAUUUGUAUAUGCGUUGUCUGGUUUGGAAGGCUCUGCCACAGACUCAAGAGUGCUCGAGAAUGCCUUGAUAAGGCCUCACGGGUUGAAAAUUCCACACGGUCAUUACUACCUUGCUGAUGCCGGAUACACUAAUGGGCCAGGAAUAUUAGCACCUUACAGGGGUCAACGAUACCACAUUAAUAUUUGGAGGCAAGGACACAUGCCCCAGAGCCGGGAGGAGUACUUCAACAUGAAGCACUCCAAAGCACGAAAUGUUGCGGAGAGAUGCUUUGAGGUGCUGAAGAUGAGAUGGGGAAUUUUGAGAUCUUAUUCUUUCUACCCCAUUAGGACUCAAUGUAAAUCGUCACAGCCUGUAUCCUCCUCCACAAUCUCAUUAAGCGUACAAUGGAGGUGGAUCCCGUUGAGGCUUAGUACACAGCAUGGGAGCAGGCGAACUUACAUAAUGUACCACUUGAUGACUACAUUAGAACUUUCGAAAGUACAAACCAAUGGACCCAAAUGA